UAAAAAAAAAAACGCCAAUUCGAACGCUAAGAGCAGACGACACAACAAAGAUGGCGGCGCUGGACCUGGACUGGGAGGAGGUGCGUGACCAGCUGCGGGCAUGGCGGGAGGACAACACGCGCCACAGUGAGGAGGUGGUGGACAUGUGGGAGUACUGCCUCAAGCACUACAAACACCGCCUGGGGGACGAACGGUGGAUGGUGGAGGAGCAGGUGGUGGUGGCCGGCCUAGACUGCAACCGAUUGGACGUGGCCGAGCCCAGCCUGAUGGCCCUCAACGAACAGUUCCCCGGCUCACUCAGGGUCCGCAAGCUGAAGGCCAUGAGACUCGAGGCACAGGAGAAGUUUGAGGAGGCCACUGACGUGUACGACAGCAUCAUCCGCCAGGACGAGACAAACUCCACGGCCCGCAAGCGCAAGGUGGCAGUGCUGCGAGGCCAGGGACGCAUCAUCGACGCCAUCAAGGAGCUCACAGAGUACCUCAAGCUGUUCAUGUCAGACAGCGAGGCGUGGCAGGAGCUGUGUGACCUGUACCUGAAGGAGGGGGACUAUGCCAAGGCGGCCUUCUGCAUGGAGGAGCUCAUCUUGUCCAACCCACACAACCACCUCUUCUACACACGCUACGCUGAGAUCAAGUACACACAGGGCGGCCUGGACAACAUGGAGAUCGCCCGCAGCUACUUCUCCCAGGCGGCCAAACUCAACCCUGGCAACGUGAGGGCGCUGUACGGUCUCUUCAUGAGCUGUACGCAGGUGUUGUCAUCAACCAAGCUCAGCGCACAGAAGAAGAAGGAGACCCAACAGCUUGCCACCUGGGCCCUCAAGGAAGUGGCCGAGAGGUACUCCAAGUGCAGGACCAACACCAACAUGGACGGCACAAAGAUCCUGGAGACGCUCGGUGCCCUCAGCAUAACGGACAAGGCAUGAUAGGCGGACAAGGUAUGAUAGGCAGACACGGAUUGAUAGGCAGUUCCCUCGGCCACUCAUGACUGUGCGUUUGUGUGUGUGUGUGUGUGUGUGUCAGUGUUCCUCUCAUAUGCUCGUUGGUGGUUGGUAUCUAUUCAUCACCUCCAUAAACAAACUGCCGAAGUCAUUUUUCUAGUUCAGGAAAUUGAAAAUAAUACUGUCAUUUUCCAGUCAGUGUGAUACAGGGAGGAAAGUUAAAGUGAAUAUUAUAACGCUCGCACCCAAGAAUAUUACGUUAGUGGGCUAAGGUGGUGAGCUUAGUCCAUGAAUGCCAACUCCAGCUGUAUGGGCACAUGGCACACCUCCCGAACGUCAAUCCAGCUCACAGGGUUGCUUAUGUACGAGACAACCCUGAGUGAAGGAGACCAAGGGGACCACCGUUGUCAGAUUAUCGUUCUCAGAGCCUCAUAUUUACUGAUUUCUGCCUCAUAACUAUUGCCAAGAAACAGAAGUAAUUGACCAUUUUAACGUUAACUAUAUACCAAGCCAGUUAUUGGGGUGGAGGAGACAGUUUUGGGGUUGGAAAUCAGCAAACAUAAAGGUGGAGUACAAGAAUCUGGCAACAUUGAAGGGGAAGCCCAGGUUACUCAUGACUGGGGCAGCCAAUCAGUCCUGCCAGGAUGGACUUAAGAUGGACAGGGCAGCUGUGUGGGAGCUUGCUCAUGGGGGUUGUUGGGAGUGGAGGCAACACAUGAAUGAAGCAAUGCACUCCCAGGCCUAUGCUCCCCACUAGUAGUUAGUACACCCUGGAAUGACAAAGAUAACUCUACCAUAAGGUUUGCCACAGGAUGAAAAAUUAAGCAAAAAUCUGAAACUCACCAAAAAAUGACUUGGUCAAUAUGAAUACGAGGGUGAUAUUCCACCAACAUUCUGGCUCUGGAGUGAAAUAUAUUGCAUUGCCAAAAUUUAGAUAGCCCUAUUUUAUACUCGAUUCAGUGUUUGAUAUUUCCUCUGAAGUAGUGAGUGAGUGAGUGAGAGAGAGAUAGAUAGGUCUGGUCAAGAUAUAUAUAUAUAAUCUUGCCUCUGGUCAUACUCCUAAAAGCAUUCCUUUGUAUAGAAGAGCCACAGGUCACGUCCUAGAGUUAUUGUGUGACCCCCAUGACCAGAGUUGCCAAGAAAGACGUGUAAGGUUUUGUAAUGUGAGAGUAUGUAUGUUUUAUUUAUAAGAGCCCACAACAACCAGAACAACAUGCUAAAUGGUACUGAUAGCAUUAGAACAAGGGAUUUCAGAAAUUACAAAAAAUCUAUCAUAAAAGCUCCCCCCCCCCCCCCCCCCUCCCCCUUACCUAACAAACAGAACUGCACUUAGACACAGGACAAUUGCAAAGUGUUAGAUAGUGCCGAUAGCAUUAUAACAAGGGAUUAAUUAAUGGGGAUAUGUUCCUAGCCAUUCGGAAAUAACAAAAAAUCUAUCAUAAAAGCCCCUCCCCACCCCUCCCCCCCAAACAAACAGAACUGCAUUCAGACACAGGACAAUUGCAAAGUGUUAUAUAGCGGACUGAUAGCACUAUAACAAGGGAUUAAUUAAUGGGGAUAUGUUCCUAGCCAUUCGGAAAUAACAAAAAAUAUCAUAAAAGCCCCUCCCCACCCCACCCCCACCCUAACAAACAGAACUGCAUUUAGACACAGGAAAAUUGCAGUGUUAGAUAGUGUACUGAUAGCAUUAGAACAAGGGAUUAAGGGGGUCAUGUUCCUAGCCACUCGGAAAUAAAAAAAAAUCUAUCAUAAAACCCCCUACCUAACAAACAGAACUGCAUUUAGACAAGAAAAUUCCAGUGCUAUAUAGUGUACUGAUAGUAUUAUAACAGGGGAUUAAUUAAUGGGGAUAUGUUCCUAGCCACUCAGAAACAAUGAAAAAUCCAUCAUAAAGCCCCUCCCCUCACCCUCAACGAAUAGAACAGCCAGACACGGGAAGAUCAUAUAUCAUAAUGGCCCCUCAAAAAACAGAACAUUUAGCCAGACAGGAGAAUCAUAUGGCUUUAUUACACUCCAAAUAGAGACUGGGUGAUGUGUGGGCAUGAACACUCUCCCCUGCGCAGUGUUGUGGGCAUGAGAUUGUACCGCCACUCAAAGAUGUUGUAUAGUCGACUGUAGAUCAUAUGUAGAUUACUGGAAGGGGGCGGUCAAGAUAUAGAUGGUUGGGUGUAUGAGAGAGGGAAAAGUUGUUGACCUCAUAAAAGUCUAUCUAGUUUUAUAAGAGUACUCUGUGAACUUGUGGAAAAGUCGAUCUCUUGUGAAAGUUAACUCUCCUCCUCCCUAGUCUUUGGUACAAUGAAUUUAUUCCCAAUGAAAGUGGCAUCCAUGUAAGGCUUUCCCUCCCACCCUUGCCUUGCCUCAACUUUCCUAUCCUCAUCUCAAUUCUAGGCUGCACUUUCCUCUCUUUCAUCAAAUAUGCUUUCCAUGCCACUCUUCUCCCCACUUUUCUCUCCUCUUCUUUACUUCUCCCCCUCAUCCCCCUCCCCCUCCUAACAGGGCCAAAAAUUAAUCAUUCAAGAAUUUCAACUUUUCCACAAGUCCACUCAACCCUUGAUUUCCCGGACUAAUAGGAGGGAGCUCCCAUCCGGAAAGCGGGAACCACAGAUCUUUGGCCUGGACUUGACCAAACGCGUGUCGAACAAUUCCUGGACCCCAGAUAUUGUCCGGUAAAUCAAGCAUCGAGCGAAUGUACUGUAUGAGACUUCUUCAUGUACAGCUGUGAAGCAAAGGUUCACACAGACACACAUGAAAGGGUUUUGUCUUGGCAGCCCUGAAGAGGUGCAAAGACUCGCCCAAGUUUCUGGAACAAUGAGUUCUUUGAAGUGUUCGUCACCUCCUCUGUGUCACUCUUCAGACAUUGGCCACCCUUGAAGCCUUGCUGCCUCGCCACACCAGCGCUGAGACAUGUCUGUAACACACUCCAGGGAGGGAAAAUGUACAUACGCAAUCAUGUAAUUAUUUAUUUUACUUCAUAUUUGUUAUUUAUGUAUUCUGUUGUAAUGGUACAUUAUUAAGAUCCUUUAAAAUAUGCUGUAAAAACACUGGAAACCAUUUUGUAUCACAGUAUGAAGUCUUCUGAAUAAAAGUUGAGUACUGA